GGACGGGCGUCCGUGACGUCACGAAUAGGAAGUCGGAGCAAGAUGGCGACCCAGGUGGAAUUGUUGAGGCUCGAGCCUUUCCCGGCUCACGCGAGUCCUCUGGACGUGCUCGCGUCCGAAGGGGAACUGCGUCGCCUUCUCCGCGACCACUCGGAGCCUCCGACCGUCCUCUUCACCCCGAGGUGGCCGCCUCCGCGCCCCGGCCCGUGCCCCGUCCUGCUUCGCCUUCAGGCGCUCAGCGACGAGGAGGCAGCGGCGGCGGCGGCGGCGGGAGAAUUCGAGGGCGCCGCGGGAGCCUCUCCGCCUCCGUCCCCGGGCCCGCUGAGGCUCUUCGCCAGCGGCUUCUUCCUGCGGCUCCGCGGCCUCCCCGCGGAGGGGAGCCGGGGUACCGCGCGGCCAGUGCUGCCCGUGAGCCUGGACGAGGUGGUCCUCGGAGCCCGCGUCGGGGGCACUCUGGAGCGGGACGACGCCGCCGAGGGGCUCGCCUCGAAGCUGCUGGAGCUCUGCCGGGAUGGACGCUGUCUGCUGGCCCGCCUCGGAGAGCCGCUGGUGGGGGACCGACCGGGAGAGAUCCCCGACACCCUGGUGCUGUCCCGGGCGGACGACGUCGGCGUCGUGUCGGAGACGUUGUGGUUCAACCUGACGGGAGGGCGGCCGAUGGCGGGCGCGGCCCGCCACCUCUGGCUCAAGGUGCGCGCAAACCCGCCGGCAAAUACAUGUGAAGAACACGCGCGCAUAUCACGUACGGUUGAGUGCGCUUGUUGGGCUUCAGAGAUGGCGGCGGCGGCCUGGAGACGGCGCUGCCGGCUCCGACACUUUGCGCGGCGGUGCCGCCGCUGGCCGGCGAGCUUCACCUGCGACCGCUACGAUGCGCUGCUGGCCGCCCACUUCUCUGUACCCAGGCUGGUGGCACCGGGGGACGUCCUGCUGGUUCCCACCCGCAGUCACCCGGACGUGAUGGAGGACAGCGCUUCCUGGAGGCGCCGGGCGCUGCUGUUUUUGGUGCGGACGGUGUCUCCCCCCGACCCGGCGAAAGAAGAAGAAGAAGAAGAAGAAGAAGGGGGCGGAGGUUACCUGGCCGACACAACGCACACGUCCCUCUUCAUGGGGGCGCCCGUCAACAGCUCGGUGCCCCCCGGCGCGGCGACGCUGUGGAGCGGCGAGUCCCCGCCGGGUCUGGAGCGCGCGGUGGACGCCAUCGGACGGGUCCUCGGCCCGCACCGACGCGGCUCCCUCCCGGCGUGCAGGCUCCUGGUCCACGGGCCGGCGGGAAGCGGCAAAGCGACGGCGGUGGCGGCGUCUGCGGGCCCCGCCCUGAUCCCGCGCCUGCUUUCGCCGCACCCUUGCGUCCUUCUGCUCGGGAACCUGCAGCUCCUGCUGCGGCCCUACGUCGGCCUCUCGCGCGACGUCGACAUGGAGCGACUCGCCAAAGUCACGGCCGGUUUGGCGUUGGGCGACUUGCGCGCCCUGCUGGUGGAGGCCGGCCGCGCGGCGUGCAGACGGCUGGUCCUGGCUUGGUGAGCGUCGCCGGGCUGGUCGGCAAACGUCCGCCGCGUUCCCCGUCCGGCGGCCGUGGCAGCGCGUUGCGUGUCUCGUUUCAGCCCCGGUCGGCGCGAGGAGGACGUGCGCUCCGGCGGCGUGGGCCUCCGGCAGCGGGACUUCCUGUCGGCUCUGCGGACCUUGCGGGACGCCCGAUCGGAGGCCGCCGGCGCCCCCAAGAUUCCGGCGGUGCGCUGGGAGGACGUGGGCGGCCUGGAGCGGGUGAAGCGGGAGGUCCUGGACACGGUGCAGCUCCCUCUUCGGCGUCCGCAGCUGCUGUCGCUCCGGCUCAACCGCACCGGCGUUCUGCUCUACGGGCCUCCCGGCACGGGCAAGACUCUGCUGGCCAAGGCCGUGGCCACCGAAUGUUCCGUGACCUUCCUCAGCGUGAAAGGUCCGGAGCUGCUCAACAUGUACGUGGGCCAGAGCGAGGAGAACGUCCGAGAAGUGUUUCAGAGAGCGCGCUCGGCGGCCCCUUGCGUGGUCUUCUUCGACGAGCUGGACUCUCUGGCGCCCGGCCGGGGGCGCAGCGGAGACUCCGGCGGGGUGACGGACAGGGUGGUGUCUCAGCUGCUGGCCGAGCUGGACGCUCUCCGCGCCGGGGACAGAGUGUUUGUCAUCGGCGCCACCAACCGACCCGACCUGCUCGACCCGUCCCUGCUCAGGCCCGGAAGGUUCGACAAGCUGGUCUACGUCGGGAUCAACGCGGACCCGAGCUCCCAACUGCAAGUCCUCCGGGCCGUCCUUCGAAGCUUCCGCCUGGACGCCUCGGUGGACCCGCGGCGGGUGUUGGAGCGUUGCCCCGCCUACACCAGCGGCGCCGACCUGUACGCGCUGUGCUCGGACGCCAUGACGGCCGCCGUCAAGAGGAAGAUCGCCGCCAUCCAACGGGGCCUGGACUCCGAGGACUCGCCGCUGCGCCUCACCAUGGAGGACUUUGGCGCGGCGCUGCGCGACUUCCGGCCCUCGCUGUCGCCGGAGCAACUGCUGCCGUACCAGGGCCUUCAGCGCGCCGCCUGACGCCGCGCCUCAAAGUCUCCGCCCCCCC